AUGUAUGCCGUAGUGAUUAUCCAGGUGAGGUUAGAUUUACCAGUGUGGAAACAGCAAAAUGGGAGGUUAUUCAAAGGAUUGAAGUCAAUAAAGGAAAGCUGCCACAAUUUUUGUACUGCUAUUUCUAGAGAUGUCACUUAUAAGGAACUGAAAAACCUGCUGAAUUCCAAAAACAUUAUGUUAAUUGACGUUCGAGAGACAUGGGAAGUCCUUGAGUAUGGAAAAAUCCCUGGUUCUGUCAAUAUCCCAUUGGACAAAGUGGGCAAAGCUCUACAGAUGAACCCAAAAGACUUCAAAGAGAAGUACCAUGAAGUAAAGCCAUCCAAAGCUGACAAUCUAGUGUUUUCUUGUUUAGCUGGAGUGAGAAGCAAGAAGGCGCUGGACACAGCAGUAUCUCUGGGCUUUCACAGUGCUCAACACUAUGCUGGAGGAUGGAAGGAAUGGGUAACCUAUGACUUUUCAGAGAAGAAACAAGGAAAUUGAAUUCUGGAAUGAAUACAAGUUGCAUUUUUCCUUGCAUCCAUGCAGCCUAGGUGACUGGAAUGAGCAAAAGAAUAAAAAUCUAGUCCUGGUACCUUUGAA